AUGGAAGGCAUUAACAUUGGAGAUGAUUGGAAGACGCCACAAAAGCCAGCUACUACCACCUUGAGUGAAAGGUUGGGAUUGGAAGAGUUCACUUCUUUGGAGACCUGGCGAGCAUCCUUUGCAGAAUUUCUGGGGAUGGCCACAUCAUGUUUUGCGAUGGACACAAUGGUCGUCGGCACAUUAGAGACCGACCCCCAAACAGGACCCCUCCUAAUGUCUAUCCUCGCCGUCGUCAUCAUCUCUAUUAUGCUCAUCGCCACCUACCCAGUCUCCGGUGGCCACCUCAACCCAGCCAUCUCCUUCUGCGCCGCCCUUAUGGGCUACAUCACUGCCUCUCGAGCUGUCAUUUACAUUUUUUCCCAAUGCGUUGGUGCCAUUCUCGGCGCCCUUGCAUUCAAGGUCGUGGUCAGUAGGGAAAUCGGGAGUACCUAUACGCUUGGGGGCUGCAGCCUUACUACCCUCGUAGAGAGCCCAAAUGGGCCGACAUAUAUGGGCAUUGGAACGGGCUCAGGGCUUUGGCUUGAGAUCCUAUCAAUGUUCAUGGUCCUUUUUGCUGCAGGAAGUAUUGGAUUCAUUCGUGGGCCAGCGCUAGAGAAUGGGCCAGUGUUUAGGUAUUCAAUAAUCGGUAUCAUGGUGGGGCUGGCGGUAUAUGUGACAGCGACGGUGACGCAGGUGAAGGGAUACCCUGGUGCAGGGUUGAACGCUGCACGGUGUUUUGGACCAGCGGUUGUUAUGGGGGGACACCUGUGGGACGAUCACUGGGUCUAUUGGGUGGGCCCACUUAUAGCUUCUCUGGCGUUUUUUCUUUACACUAAGAUCGUACCAAGUCAGCAUUUCUACGGGAAAGCAGACUAG